AUGGUGGAAUUAGCUCUGGCCUUGCAGGUGAUGCGUGCCGUGGAUGGGGGCAGCGAGAGGCUCCGAGGAGUGUUUGUUGAAUGGGUGUCUGGAGUGACCGGGCCUUUCCUGUCUGUGCAGGGCGAGCUGGAGCAGCAGACCUUGUCGUUCCGGGGAGCAGAGGCACCGCGAGCCACGAUGGAGGCUGGGCUCCUCACUGUCGUCCUGGGCGUUGUCGUGGUGCAGGCGCACACAGCCUCCCAGGACCUGCACCUGCAGAAGGUGGCCUUUCUGUCUUACGUGGGGAGGGACCACCGGCGCCCUGCUCUGGGGCCCCGGAGGGUCUGCCACCGAGGACAGGGCUACGGCUUCUCUCUCCAGAUUGCAGGAUUCUGGCGGGAAGUUGGGGUGGCCUCCAGCCAAAACCUGGCACUGAAGACCCCAAAGAGGCUGGAAGCCUUGUUCCUGACCUUGAGUGGACGUGAGCUGACUGUGAAGGUUGCAUAUAACAGCUCAGGAAGUUGUGAGACAGAAAAAAUAGUGGGCUCAGAAAUAGACGUUUCAGGGACAUUUGCUUUUCCUGGCCACAGGGAGAUCCACGUGAUAGACACGGACUACGAGCAGUACGCCAUUUUGAGGCUGUCCCUCCGCUGGCAAGGCAAGGACUACUAUGUGCUCAAGUAUUUCACUCGGAGCCUAGAGGAUGAAUACGGACCAGGCUUCCGGAGAUUCCGGGACCUGACUGCGGACAUGGGGCUCUAUCUGGUGGCCCGGCACGGGAGAUGCGCCGAGCUCCUGAAGGAGGUGAGCCUCGCCCCAGGCUGCGCUGGGCCCCUCGCCAAGCUGAGUCUCCCACCCCGACAGGGGCCCCAAAUCACUGUCGAUCCUGGGCCUCCAGGAUAG